UUAUCUUUGGGCUGCUAAUGAGAAUCGUGUUCUACGGAUAUAUUGUGGAGAAAACAAAUUGUACAGAAAUGAAUAUUCUUACCAGGAUCUUAUGAAAUUGUUCUUCAGUGUUGUCAUAGACAUUUCUGGAGGAAAGAAUCUUUGAAAUUAUGUGAAAAGAGACCAUUUUUCAAAACAAUGGGGGAAAAAGCAAGAAGUUCAGAUAGUGAUGAAGACAGACAGACAGACAAACGCCAUUAUUAUUAUUUUUCUGAUUUUGGAACUACACCACAGUCUUCUGGCCGAUCAUCACUGGUUGAUUCUUCACCUCCCCGUAUUAGGGGAAAAAAUUCUAAAAAACAGGCUUCAGAUAGCCAGGUGUAUCACCAAGUCUCUAGGAAACCAAGCCCUAAGGGCCUACCGAACAGAAAGGAAGUCAGAGUGGGAUUUCGCUCCCAGAGCCUCAACAGAGAGCCACAUCGGAAAGAUGCUGCCGAUAUUGUUACAAGACGGGUUCUUUCCUCAAGACUGCUAAAAAUCAGUGAAUUGCAGAAUGAAGUGUGUGAACUCCAGGGCAAGUUAGCUGAGCUAUUAAAAGAAAAUAAAUCUUUGAAAAGGCUUCAGUACAGACAGGAGAGAGCUCUGAAUAAGUAUGAAGAUGCAGAAAAUGAGAUCUCACAGCUUAUAGUUCGUCAUAACAAUGAGAUCACAGCUCUCAAAGAACGCUUAAGAAAAUCUCAAGAGAAAGAGCGGGCAACUGAGAAAAGGGUAAAGGAUGCAGAAAGUGAACUAUUUAGGACAAAAUGUUCCUUACAGAAACUGAAAAAGAUCUCUGAAGCUAGACAUCUACCUGAACGGGACGAUUUGGCAAAGAAACUCGUUUCAGCGGAGUUAAAGUUAGAUGACACUGAGAGGAGGAUUAAGGAACUCUCAAAAAACCUGGAACUGAGUACUAGCAGUUUCCAACGACAGUUAGUUGCUGAAAGGAAAAGGGCAUAUGAGGCUCGUGACGAAAAUAAAAUUCUCCAAAAGGAGCUACAGCAACUAUAUCACAAGUUAAAGGAAAAGGAGAGAGAACUGGAUAUAAAAAACAUAUAUUCUAAUCGUCUGCCAAAGUGUUCUCCAAAGAAAGAAAAAGAACUUACAUCAAAAAAAAAUGCUGCAUGCCAGAGUGAUUUUACAGACCUGUGUACCAAAGGCGUACAAACCACUGAAGACUUAGAGGUGGAAGAAUUUCCUAUGAUACCAGAAACAAUUACGUUUUAUGAAAACAAAUGGGGAGAACGAGAACAUCUCACUUUGGACCUGGAACCCCAAGAGGGAGAUAAACCUGGAAAAGCAGGGAUGCUAAAUCCAUUUGUGGAAAGAGAAGAAAAAUUCAUAAAAGAUCAAGGACUUCGUAUGGUAAAACAGGAGAUUGAGAAGCUGGAGGAUGAGUGGGAAAGAGAAGAACUUGAUAAAAAGCAAAAAGAAAAGAUGUCUUUACUGGAGAGAGAAGAACUGGAAACUGCAUGGUACCACUUGGGACCACACAACAUUCAAAACAUUGACAGAUUGCAGGAGGAGGAGGAAGAAAGGCUGAAGAGGGAAAUGCUGCUUGCUAAGCUGGAUGAGAUCAGCAGGGAGAUCCAAGACGCCCAGAACCUGAAAGGCCCCCCUCUGCCAUUGCUGCCAGACUUGGGAUCAAAACUGCACUUCCCAGAGAGAAGCCCCCAAACACACCCGUUCUCUGAGUCCUCGGAGAGAUUAUUCAAUGGGCGUCAUUUGCAAGACACCAGUUUUUUAACUCCAAGAGGGGAGGGUCAGGAUCCAGGAAAUAGUAGAAGUCCAGCCUCUGCAACCGAGUUUAUGUUUGGGGGCUAUGUACCUUCAUUUGCAAAAACAUCAGAGAAGUUAAAUCCUUUUAGCCAAAAAAGCAGUGUUUUGGAUUUCCCAAGAGACAGUAUGGAAACACUUAGUAAAGACAGUGUAAGAAAAGAGAAAAAAGCUCAUCUGAUGGAGCAGCUAUUUGGUGCCAGUGCCAGCAGCACCAUUUCUUCUAAAAGCAGUGACCCAAAUUCUCUGGCUGCCAGCAGAGACUUUGGCCCUCAAAAUACUCUCCCUGGGGAGAGAAGCAGCAGGGGUAGAGACCGUGAUGAAGAAGAAGAUUUUUUCCUCGGUGAAGGGAGAAGUUUUAAUCCAAGCCGACACCGAUUAAAGCAUGCCGACAACAAACCAGCAGUGAAAGCAGUGGAUUCUGUGGAAGAUGAAAUCGAAGAAGUCGCGCUCAGGUGACUGAUGAGAACACUGAUGUUUCUCCCAUUGUAAAUAUUCACAUAUUUUAAUAUGGUAUUUAUUAUAAACUUUUAAAUGUUAAAAAGUCCUUGUAAGGAAUGACUUUUAAUAGCUAAAUACAGUGUCAUUAAAAAGAAAUAGAUCAUAAACACACCACAUAGCUAGCUGGCCAAGAAUGAAGGAUGCUCUUUAGAAUGAAACUAAAAAUAGAGAUGUCUCUUCUUCCCUUGCUUACAAACAGAUCUUACAUCUUCAACCAGCUCUAUGGGAAGUUUUACUUUGUUGGAGGCUGUGUUCAUUUCCUACUUUUAUCUCUAUUUGUGUAUUUAUUUUUGAUCAUAUUCUCACUGGGCUAAAUGGUCUUCUCACUGAUUGCCAAAUGGAAAUUCCAGGGAAUAGGCUCUAUGUUGGGAAGUGUGGCUCCCAGGUGGUGGAACACCACUGUUGCCUGGAAGCCCUCCAUGUGUGGAUGAGGCAAGGCUGAGCUGCUCUGGGGUAGUAGUGGUCAUGGCCUUGGGAUUUCCCAUUCCCCUGGAAGUAUCCCCAGUUGAAUACGGUUCGUUUCCUAAUUACAAUUUCCCCAAAAUCACUUACCUAUAACUCUGUUAGGAUAUUAGGUUGAAUUCAGAAGACAUUUCUCUGUUUGCGUGGACAGUUCCUCCAUGAAUCCGUCUGUGAGUUGUGGCUCUCAGAAGUUGGGGUGCAGGGAAAUCCUUCUCCUGUUCUCCUACACCCCUUGUGUCUCAGUGACUGGCUGUAAGAUUUCAUAGCAAAUGCAAGGAAUAGAAGAAACUUUAUCCCCAUUUAGAAAGAUUUUUCAAUUCAAUUAUGUUUCCAGAGUAAUAUAAUUUGGGAAUUUUAACAUGUACUUUUAAGAUUUGAACUUUUCCUCAAACCAAGGAGACAGCAAUGAUGUGAUACUAUUGGACUUACAGGACUCGUUUUAAAGUAAUUUUGGAUAAAAGUUCUUUAGAGAUGGGGCUUCUGCCUUGCUGAGUGGAGUGGACAGUUUUCUUUCGGUUGAGAUGCAUCGGCUAUUUGUCGUUCGGUCGACCUGUAGACAAGCUAGUGAUCUUGGAUUAUGCUGGUUGUGAUUGGUCUUUACGAAGCAGAAACGCACCACCGACCAAGGAGAAAACACUAUUAAAAUGAAGAGAGGCAGAGAUAGUGUGCUGGGAAGAAUAAAACAUUCAGGUUGGCUCUUAUUCUCAAGUGAGCUUUUUUAAAAACAUAGUUUGCUGUGUAUCUGUUGGUAGUGCGGUUUCUGAUGCCGAGCGCACACACGGAUGAGGAGAGGCGCCGUUUCAUGCCAAGGGCUCGUAAAUGCUGAGUGUUGACUUUCAUUGCGUGACUAUCAGACAAGACUGACUUCAUUAGGUCUCUAGUUAAAGAUGCGCCACUUAUCAUCUUCAUUUUCUAAAUUGUGUUCCUGUCAUUUACUGGAAACAGAAUCUCCCCAAAGUAAGUGCUAAACCAUAUUAAAAAGUUUACUUAGUAAAAAGAUUUUUAUGCUUUUGAUAUGAGUAAGCAUGUACUAUGUUAUAAAUCAUUCUAAUAUAUGUAAAACACAAUAUUUUUAAUGUAGUUUUGGAUAAAAUAUUAUGUAACGUUAAUUUUGUUCGUAGUUGCUAAUUUUUCUGACAAAAGUAUUUUAAUUUUCAGGUUGUUAUAGAGGCAUUUAAAAAAUCUUUUUAGUAAGGUUUUUUAUUCGGGUCAUUUUAGUUAGUCUUUUGCUUUUUUUCUACCUGAUGGUCUCUUUAGCCAGAUGCAACAAGACAGAAUUAUUAAAAUUAAGCCUAGAAUUAAGUUAUAUUCUUCAAAUCAUUAUGGUGUUAAGCACUAAAAUUGGAGGUUAAAAUGUACAGAACAUGUUUUUCGUUAUGAACAAAACAGUGAAUCUUUUUCUAAAUGUCAAAUUUAUUUGUAUUUAGAACUCUUACUAAUAAAAAUUAAA